CAGUGGUGGCGAUUGCUUACGCCAAUUCUCCUACACGCCGGAGUCAUUCAUUUGCUUUGUAACGUCGCCGUACAAAUCGAAGCUGGAGCCUUUUUCGAACAAGAAUGGGGUAGUUUCCGUUGGCUUGUCGUCUAUCUGGCGUCAGCGGUAGGGUCGUCCAUUCUUUCCAUUAUUGUCAUGCCUAACGCCGUCUCGGUUGGAUCCUCCGGAGCCCUUAUGGGAUUGUUCGGAGCGAAACUGGCGGAAGUAACACUGCGAGUGUGUGACCGUGCCGAUACCGAGCAACAACGAGUCGCCCAUCAAGUCCGCAAGGAGCAGUGUACCGCAGUAACCUGCAGCGUCCUCCUUGUCAUGCUGUUUUCCUUUAUUCCGUACGUGGACUGGGCGGCGCAUCUCGGUGGUCUCGUGGCCGGCUUUGCGGUG